AAGUCAGAACGUAGAAUUCUUGGGCAAUGAAUCUGUAAUAGAAUUAGUAUUUUUUAAAGUGUAAAAUGUCGAAUGGGACAGCUAGUGCCUACUCAAAGAAAAGUUCUAAAUUGGAAUUAUUUCUUAAAAGAUUAGAUGAAAAAUAUUAUGAAGAAGUUAGAGCAACUGAAUCUUGCAUAAUCGAUUUUGGUAAAGAGCAAGGAGAAAAAUUUGUUAUACUAACUCCACAUUCAAUUGAUUUUACGAAUAAACCACCGACAAAAUUACAAAAAGGAUUAGAAUUAUCUAAAAUCAUCACUGUAAGAUUGUCGGACGUAUUACCACCCUUUUUAACUGGGGACGAUCAAAUUAAUACUCAACAUAUAACGAUUGAAUAUAAAGAGGAAGAUACUAGUAAAAUUAAGGAAGGUAUAUCACCAAGAUUAUCUUGGACUCCCAGUAAAUCCUUACGUAAAAUCAAUUCCACACCACCGCCUAGUCCGAGGAGAACAGAUUCAAAUGCGUCGAAUCUUAGCAAUCUAAGCAGCGAUACUUCAAAUGGAAUGGAAAAAACGCUAUCCUUUUCCGAUUCUCCAAGUGAUGGCGAAGAUUUAAAACUUGACUUAUCAUCACUAAGUACAAACGGAAGUGAUAAUGGUUCAACACCAAGAUCCAUAAAAUCAAGUUCCUUAUCUAAGCGUAAGAAAAUGGAUCUUUAUAUCUUAAGACAUACCUCUACAUUCUACAUGCUACUUAAAGCUGCCCUAAAUAGUUACCAUAUACGUUCAACUUUAGAAUUAGAACCUGACUAUAAAAUAAUAAGAGAAAAGAAACAGAGAUAUUCGGCCUUGGAUAAUAAAGCAAAAAUGACUUAUCUUGAGAAAUUAAGUAUACUAUUCAAUGUUUUGAAAAAUGAGAUAAUGCAUUGUAAUAUUAACGACAAGAAUAAAUUUUUCCUGGCCGUUGAAGAAUUAUAUACAACGUCCGAAAGGAACUUUGCCUUAAGGAAACACUUUUGGAAGGAUAAUGAACUGUUUACCAAGUUGAUUACUGUUCUUAAAGCAACUUUAAUGGGUAAAAAUACUUUGAAAAAGUUCAAUACCGUAAUGAAUUCGUUAGAAAUGGGUCUUUUGAUAAUUGAUACUUUAAUAAGUAUGCUUACGGAAACUGAAGUAAUAUUUGCAAGGCAAAUAGUAUUAAAAGCCAAUGAAGGAGUCAAUUUAGUUGAAUUGUUACAUAUUGUAAUGGAUGAUCAUAAAGGUUUAUGUUUAGAAUCUUUUACAACUUCUCAAAGGAAAGAGUUUAACGAGAAAAGAAUAGAAAUAUUGAAUGCAAAUAUUACUCUUAUGAAUAGGCUAAUACUUGCAGCUGAACAAUCAACUUGGACAGAGAGUCGCGAAUCUUUCUUUAAUGUAAAUUGGCUAAUGAAACAAGUACAGUCUACUGAAAGUUUACCUUCAUUUAUAUUGAAAACUGUUGAAACUGUUGUUGAGACAUGUAGACCAAAAAGAGAAUGUUCCGAAUUAAGUCCAAAGGAUCUUGUCAUACUUUAUUAUAAAAUAAAUGUUACAUAUAAACUAAUACAAUUUUUAGAAGAACCAGCUUUGUUGAUAAGAGACCAUUUCCUUGAAGAAUUUCGGUAAUAUUUCUUUUUCAAUCAUUAUUAUUGUUAUUGAAUUUAAUUUUACAGUUAUUACAUGACACCUUCGAAUAUUCAUAAGACACUACAGGAUAAUUUUUCAUUGAAAUUAUCGAUAUUAAAAGAAUUGGAGGAAAUUAUUAAAACUGUAUUGCAAAAACCAUUCUCACUUGAAUGUGAUUCAGAAUUAGGUAGUUUACCUUCUACUCCUCGAUAUGGAAAAAAGAACAGUGAAGUUCUUUUUACCUGAAUAGCACUUGUAAAAAAAAACAUUCAUUAAAGAAAAUUGAAUCUCUAUCACUUAUGUUUUCAUGUAAAUUUCUUUUUUUUUUUAACCGUCUAUUUGUUUCCUACCAAAAUUAUCUAUGAAAUAGAAGAAGAGAAGGAAAACAGAUUCCGAAAUUAGAAUCUAAAGUGCCAUGAUUUUUUUAUAUCCAGCUCAACAAAAUCAGUAUUUUUUAUGGAUAUUACUUUAGUUUUGCUCACUCUUUUUGUCACUACUUUGUAAAAGAUAUUUUAUAUAAAACUAACUUUCCGUCCAUAUUUCUUUUUUGUUUAUGUAUUUAUAUUCUAUUUUUCUACUUGAAACAAUUCUAUUAUUGGAAUUAAGUUUGUUAUUUUAUUUAAAAGCGCAC